AUGACAGCAGGGUCCCAGGGUCCACGUCCACUCAUCCUGGGCCUGCUGCUGUGUGCGCUUGGCCCUGCCCUGACGCAGGGUGGGAAGCUGUUGGUGGUCCCCAUAGACGGCAGCCACUGGCUGAGUUUGAUCAGGAUCGUCCAGCAGCUGCAGCACAAGGGACAUGAUAUAGUGGUCCUCGCACCCGACGCCUCCCUGUACAUUAAAGAAGGGGCAUCUUACACCUUGAAGAGGUAUCCCGUGCCAUUCCGCAGGGAGGACUUGGAAGUGGCUUUUGUAAACCUUGGGCGUAAUGUUUUCGAGAACGAUCCUUUUCUGCAGCGCGUGGUCAAAAUAUACAAGAAAGUCAAAGGUGACUCAGCUCUACUGUUUUCCGCCUGCUCCCAUUUACUGCACAACAAGGAGUUGAUGUCCUCCCUGACAGAAGGCAGCUUUGAUGCUGUAUUGACUGACCCUUUCCUUCCCUGCGGCCCCAUCGUGGCCCAGUACCUGGCUGUGCCUGCCGUGUUCUUCUUGAACGGACUGCCGUGCAGCCUGGACUUUCAGGGUACCCAGUGCCCCAACCCACCGUCCUAUGUGCCCAGGCCUCUGUCCUUUAACUCAGAUCGCAUGACCUUCCUGCAGCGGGUGAAGAACAUACUCAUUGCCUUGUCAGAGAGCUUUCUGUGCAGUGUGGUUUAUUCCCAGUAUGCACCACUUGCCUCGGAAGUCCUUCAGAAAGACGUGACUCUCCAGGACCUUAUGAGCUAUGCAUCUAUCUGGCUUCUCAGAAGUGACUUUGUAAAUAAUUACCCAAGGCCCAUCAUGCCCAAUACAGUUUUUAUUGGUGGGAUUAACUGUGCUAGCAAAAAGCCACUAUCUCAGGAAUUUGAAGCCUAUGUAAAUGCUUCUGGAGAACAUGGUAUUGUGGUCUUCUCUUUGGGCUCAAUGAUCUCAGAGAUUCCAGAGCAGAAAGCUACGGAAAUUGCUGAUGCUUUGGGCAAAAUACCUCAGACAGUCCUGUGGCGGUACACUGGGACUCCACCACCGAAUCUUGCGAAGAAUACAAAACUUGUCAAGUGGCUGCCACAAAAUGAUCUGCUUGGUCACCCGAAGACUCGGGCCUUUAUCACACAUUCCGGCUCCCAUGGUGUUUAUGAAGGAAUAUGUAAUGGUGUUCCGAUGGUGAUGAUGCCCUUGUUUGGUGACCAGAUGGACAAUGCAAAGCGCAUGGAGACCCGGGGAGCUGGAGUAACCUUGAACAUCCUGGAAAUGAGUUCAGAAGAUUUAGAAAAGGCCCUGAAAACUGUCAUCAGUGACAAAAGCUAUAAGGAAAACAUCAUGCGCCUCUCUAGCCUUCACAAGGACCGCCCCAUGGAGCCUCUAGACCUGGCUGUAUUCUGGGUGGAGUUUGUGAUGAGGCACAAGGGGGCGCCACACCUGCGCCCUGCGGCGCAUGACCUCACCUGGUACCAGUACUACUCUCUGGAUGUGAUCGGCUUCCUCCUGGCGGUCGUACUGACAGUCAUCUUCAUCAUCUUUAAGGGCUGUGCCUUUGCCUUCCGGAAAUGCUUCAGGAAAAAAGAGCGAGUGAAGAAAUCUCAUAAAUCCAAGGCACACUGA